AUGAACUACCAACCACGAACCAUCAACGAACAACCAGAAACACACACCCAAAAAAAAAACCCAAAACAACUCUCCCAUAAUCCCAAAACAUUUUUCACUCCCAAUUUCCACCCUAAAAAAAUCAACCAAGUCCCACCAGAUCGCGCUUUUCCUCUCCUCCACCACCCGGGUCCACCCCCAUACACACUCCUCUAUUGUCGCUACUACAACCCACCAGCUUCUCUCCAAAACAUGUCUCGCCAACCCACCAGAGAAGAAAUCCAGCGAUAUCUCCAACGGUGGCAGCAGCUCAAGUCCCAGUAUGGCGACCAGGCGUCCAGCGUGCCGGAAUUUGAGCAGCUCACGAGGAUUAUCAAGUACAUCCAAGCACAGGCCAUGCAAAGACAACAACAACAACAGCAGCAACAACAACAGCAACAACAACAGCAACUGCAAUCACAGAAACCACAGAUGGGUGCGCAAUCACAGGCGCCUCCAGGAAUGGCCCAGCAACGGACGGCUCCAAUGCCACCUCUGGCCCAGGCAAACCUGCAAUACCCACGUCAAACACAGGGCCAGUAUCCCGGCUCCAACCAGCCCCAAUUCCCCGACCUGCAGCAGCAGUCCAUGGGCCAGAACUAUUCCCAGGGCCCUCAGCAGACGAACUCGUACAUGGGCGGCCCAAUGGGCAGUCGGUUGUCUGAUGGGCCAGGUGCCAAUUCGAUGGGUGGAUUCCCCGGUUCCCAGGCGGGAGUGAAGACUCCGGCGUCCGCGUAUUCCACUACACAAGUGAGCGCGCUGCCAAGUAUGAAUCCAGGCAGUAUGAACUCAGGUGGUAUGAACACCGGCAGCAUGAACACCGGCGGCAUGAACACAAUGGGUGGCAUGGGCGGUAUUGGUGUCAAUGGAAGCAGCGGAGUAGGCGGAGGAAAUGGAGGCAGUGGAAUGAACGGCGCCAACGGGGCCGCAGGAUCUUCUUCGUUUCCAAGUAAUUCAUUUAAUGGAGCAACAGAGAGUCCAUUCACUGGCCCCCAAAUGCAGCUCUUCAAGCUGCAAACACAAGUGGCCAAGUUCUUCACUAAAUCCGCAGGCGGCUUCCAGCCCAUCCCAAGCAACCUCUUAGAAGCGGCCACAAAUGAGCGCCUGGCUAUGAGCAACUAUAAUGGUAACAUGAAUCCAAAUGCCACCACGAAUGGUCCUGGUUCGGGCGCAAAUAGUUCCGUUCCACCUUCAGCAAACCAAAAUCUCUCAGCAAUGUCUCCGGACGCACAGUUCCAGCCACAGCAGCAGCAACAACCGUCCCAAUCUCAGCUGCACCAGCAUCAACUACCACAUCAGUUGUCGCAAAACCAGACUCAGACUCAAGGACUACCACAGCUGCAACAAUUGCAACAACAACAACAGCAACAACAACAGCAACAGCAGCAACAACGCGCUGUUUCCGGGGGCGCACGGCCUGGUCAUAUGGGCCCAAAUAUGGGUCCCGGUAUGGGCGCUAACAUGGGUGUCAAUAUGGGCGACUCGCCUGCUCUAGGACUCACAAAUUCUGUGAAUACCCCGCUAGAUCGUCCCGAUUCUCGCCGUGAUCCCCGUAGAAGUAGUUUUGCAACAUCAAAUAAAACUGUUGGCACUCCAAAGGCUGGCCCAGUGGAGUCUCGUGGUGUUCAAGCAGUAAUGUACCCACCAGAACCUCCGGUAGAAUUCGAAGACUAUGUUGCAGAUAAGGACAUCUCCGAUCAAUUGGUGUUGCUGGUAUCCAAGCCUGGGUCUCAAGUUGACGCAUUUCUGCUACCAAAGGUUUUUAACACAACCAUGCAAGACAUCCCUUUUAGCGGUUUUCAUGCACCCCAAAGCAAGCUCCGCUUGCCAUCUCUUCUUCCCUAUGGUAUUGAUAUUAAUGACCUCAUGAGUACUAGGGAGUAUUUCAUCAGCUUAAAAAUUGAUGAGCGGAUCACUCAAUUGAAAGAACACUACGAGAAAUUGGAGGAUCUGCCUGAAAAGGAUAUGAUCACGGUUGAGCUUACACAGCUUGAGCUUCUCCCGCACCAAAAAGAGUUGCGUGGUACUAUGGCUUCGCAACUCUGGUACAGUAAACUUCUUCUUCUAAAUUCACACCCAAAUUUCUUGGCCAAAUUUCCAGAGCUAUCUCUCCAAAGUGUUCUUUCCACAGAGGGCCUUUACAGACAACAAUUGAAUUCACUCGUUCAAGCGCAGAAUGCUAAACAUCAAGGCCUCGUUAAAGAGAUUUUGAGCUCCAGCGGACAAAGAAAAGAAAAGAUUUUGGGACGCCGAGAUAAAAUGGAGAAGCUUCGUGUCAAAAUCAACAGUUUGCAUGUACAAACAGCCAAGGAAGAACAGAAAAAGAUUGAAAGAAUGGCCAAGCAACGUUUGCAGGCUUUGAAACUGAAUGAUGAAGAGGCUUAUAUGAAGUUGUUAGACCACACCAAGGACACAAGAAUCACCCAUUUGUUGAGCCAAACAAACCAAUUCUUGGAUACUUUGGCCCACGCAGUUCAAACUCAACAACAGGAUACUGCUAAGAAUUCUCUGUUGACCACAACCACUGAGGAGACUCCCGCGCCCGAGGAAGAAAAACGACAAAAGAUUGACUAUUAUGAGGUCGCACAUAGAAUCAAGGAAGAGGUGACCAAACAACCUGAAAUGUUAAUUGGAGGCACUUUGAAGGAAUACCAAUUGAAAGGUUUGCAAUGGAUGGUCUCUUUGUUCAAUAAUCACUUAAAUGGUAUAUUAGCUGAUGAGAUGGGUUUGGGUAAAACAAUUCAAACCAUUUCUCUUCUCUCGUACUUAUACGAAGUGAAGAAAGUCGAGGGCCCCUUCUUGGUAAUUGUCCCGCUUUCUACCUUGACAAAUUGGAACAUUGAGUUUGACAAAUGGUGUCCUGGAUUGAAGAAAAUUUCUUUCAAGGGUACGCCAACCGAAAGAAGGAACAUGCAUCAUGACAUCCGCACUGGAAACUUCAAUGUUGUUCUCACUACCUUUGAGUACAUUAUAAAGGAUAAAAACAUUCUCUCUAGAGUCAAAUGGGUGCAUAUGAUUAUUGAUGAAGGUCAUAGAAUGAAAAACUCUAGCUCCAAAUUGUCCGAAACAUUGACACAGUAUUACCAUAGUGACUACAGAUUGAUUUUGACAGGAACUCCUCUUCAAAACAAUUUGCCAGAACUUUGGUCUUUGCUUAAUUUCGUUUUGCCAAAGAUUUUUAACUCCGUUAAAUCCUUCGACGAAUGGUUCAACACUCCAUUUACUAAUACCGGUGGUCAAGACAAGAUAGAGUUAAGUGAAGAAGAAACUUUGUUGGUUAUUCGAAGAUUACACAAAGUUUUGCGUCCCUUCUUGCUCCGUCGUUUGAAACGUGAUGUUGAAAAAGAUUUGCCUGAAAAAGUCGAGAAAGUUGUGAAAUGUAAAAUGUCUGCCUUGCAACAAAAGUUGUAUCGGAUGAUGUUGAAACACAAUGCAAUUGUGGCUGGUACUGAUGAAAAUGGUAAACCAAUUCUUAUCAAAGGAGUUAACAACCAGCUCAUGCAAUUAAGGAAAAUUUGUAACCAUCCGUUCGUUUAUCAGGAGAUCGAGCAGCUUGUUCAUCCUCUGAUUGACACGAAUGACCUCAUUUGGAGAAUUGCCGGUAAGUUCGAGUUACUUGAUCGGAUCUUGCCAAAGUUUAAGGCAACAGGGCACAAAGUCUUAAUGUUUUUCCAAAUGACACAAAUCAUGAAUAUCAUGGAGGAUUUCUUGCACUUGAGAGGUAUGAAUUACAUGAGAUUGGACGGUGGUACUAGAUCAGACGAGAGAACAGUUCUAUUGAAAGCGUUUAAUAAUCCAGAAUCAGAAUGCUUCUGUUUCCUCUUAUCGACUAGAGCUGGUGGUUUGGGUUUGAAUUUGCAGACUGCCGACACCGUCAUUAUUUUCGAUUCAGAUUGGAAUCCUCAUCAAGAUUUACAAGCUCAGGACCGUGCGCAUAGAAUUGGUCAGAAGAAUGAAGUCAGAAUUUUGCGUUUAAUCACUGAAGAUUCAAUCGAAGAGAUGAUUCUCGAAAGAGCGGCCGCGAAACUUGAGAUUGAUGGCAAAGUUAUUCAAGCUGGAAAAUUCGAUAACAAGUCUACGGCCGAGGAACAAGAGGCCUUACUUAGGGCUUUGAUAGAAAAAGAGGAGGAAAGGCGUGUAAACGGAACCGAAGAAGAGCAGGACCUAGAUGACGAUGAAUUGAAUCAAAUCAUUUCGAGAAACGACAAUGAAUUGGUGGUAUUCAAGGAAAUGGACAAACAAAGAAUCGAAGAUGCAAAAGGAGAGCCAUACACAACAAGGUUAUUCAACGAACUGGAGCUACCUGAAUGCUAUAAUCAAGAUCCUAGGACGUUUUUCAAAACUCAUGAGCAAAUCAAUGAGGAAUACGGGAGAGGAACCAGAGAACGUACAAUUGCUGUGUAUGAUGACAAUUUGACCGAAGAAGAAUGGCUUCAGCGUAUUCAAGGCCUUCGCUCAGACGAUUCUGAGGACGAGCUGCCAGUUAAGAAGAAGAAGGGCCGCCCACGGAAGAACCAGCGUGCCCCCGACUCAAUAAUUGACGAGCUCGAGCUAGAUGAUAUGCAAGCCACUAAAAGACCGAAAGUGGCAGCCGUUUCGACUAGAGGAAAGAGAGCGCGUCCAGGUAGACCAAGACUGAAGGCCAGUGCUAACAGAACCACUCCCACUGUGGACUUGCUACCAGCAGAGGAGCGGUUGCAGCUUCAAAACAAUAUGGAGCUUAUCUACGGCGCUUUGCUUGACUACAAAGAGAGCGAUCGAAAGCUCAGUGACUUGUUUUUGGUCAAACCAUCCAAGCGUUUGUAUCCUGACUACUACGUGUUGAUCAAACACCCGCUCGCUUUGGAUAUUGUUAAAAAGAGAAUUGGGAACAAAACUUACUCUCAAAUCCGAGACUUUUUGGAAGACGUUCAUCUCAUUUUCAGCAAUGCCCGCAUGUACAAUGAGGAAGGGUCUAUUGUUUAUCGAGACGCUCAAACUCUCGAGCAGUUGGCAAACGAUAUGUAUAAAGACUUAUACCCCGAUGUGUCCGAGGAGGACCAAGAGAAGACACUUGAUUUCUCAGACUUUGAUAAAGCACAUCUGAUACGACCAAACGCUGCACGUUUACCACUGCAUGCUGCUAAGAAAUUGGAGAGUGAGAGUGGAUCGGACGAGGUAUCAAAAUCGCAAAGCGAAGCCUCGUUGAGUGUGAUGAGCGACAGCGCACCGCCAGCGUCAAUGGCUCCUCCAGUCUCCAACGCACCGCCAGUGUCGAUGGCCCCGCCAAUAGCCAACCCUCAACCUGUGUCGUCAAUUCCUCCGCCAGUUUCAAUUCCGUCUCCGGUAGCAAAUCCUCCACCAGUGUCAAUGCCGGCUCCUCACAUGCCAGAUUCACAGAUGGACAUGACUACCCAGAUUGACAGUGGAUUACAGGACAUGAUUACAGACCCAUCCAACAUGGAUAUAGAUUUGGACAUGAAUUAA